AUGGAGAAGGGACCAGGUGCUGUGCUCUCUGCCUCACUGGUGCUGAUGCUGGUGGGCUCCGGCGAUGCCUCCCUGCUCCUGCCGAGUGCAGGCGUGGGCCCGCGUCUUCGCUUGGCGCAGCCUCCGGAAGCGCAGCCGCCGGCGGCGACCGGCGACUCGGCGGCCGCAGCGGUGCCCAUCGGCGUCGGCACCGCGGCCGAGCGCUGGCUGCCGCUGCCGUGGUCCAAGCGGCAGGCCGCCGAGCCGCACCAGCACCCCGACAUCCCCACCGCGCUCAGCGAGCACCUCAUCAUCCGGUCGCAGCGCGGGAACCGCCAGUACGACGUCCCACAGAUCGGCGCACGUGAGCUAAUGAGCCGGCGACAGACUCGAAUUCAGCUUACCCCGUCCGAGCCCGCAAAGUCGUCCCGGAGGGGACGGCUUCCCGCUCGACUACAAAUACAAUGUCCCCCUGCGGAAGACGGGAUGGAGAGAUUCGCGUGCCCAACACCGGAUCGCAUGGGCCGCUACCGGUGCAUUGAUGACCACGUCCUCUGCGACGGAUUCAUCGACUGUCCCAGCGGGGAGGACGAAGACCGCCAGGCGUGCAUGUUCUACAAGACGACUAAGGCUCAUCUAGACGUCUUGGCGGACGCGCUGUUACGGUGGGCACGAGGUCGUUAAACAGCGUCGUUCUGUCCAGAAACCAAUCAAAUUCAAUUAUUCGUCUGUUACAAUGCCUCACGUGGUUCCAAGAGCGAGAUCCCAAUCCUAAACGCAUUGCACUGUGCUCUUUCAAUGUUUUGGGCGCUUCAUAGCUUUCAUCCUAAUGUCCCGACCCUUGUAGACGAGAAGAAAUAUUUCUAUCUGAAUGUAUAAAAAGUUUACGUGUCUGUUACAUACUUUUUGUUGAAAGGUUGUAGAGGCGUUCAUAGUCUGAGGCAUGUCGACUUAAAAAUAAAUAUGUUUCUAGCUGAACCAAUUUAAAUAUUCAAUAAAGACAUUUAGGAUAGUGCUGUCCCUUUUUGUUACAUUAUUAUAAUUUUAUGAGACUGGUAUCAGACGUCACGGAAAAACCGAUGAACACGGUUUUUUUAAGUUCACAGAAGACCAAUAUAUAGCCUAACAAUCUCUUACUGUUGAGUUUGUUCAAUUUUGAGAUGGCUCACUAGAAGUGGAAAACGGUAUAUUUAUUCUCAUCGAGCAGAAAUGUUCUUGUCCGUCUGGGCUGUACCUACUUACCCUUCAGAAAUACGAGAUGUAAAAACUGUCUUGUAUUUUCUCCCUUUAUGAAAUAAAUUAUCAAGUAUUUUAUCAGAGCAAAGAGUGCCAUCUGAUUCUGUAUUCUAUUAAAACCGCGUUAUCCAUUUGGUUUAUUGUCAGCCGCCUGCCCAGAGCCUCAGCAGGGUGCCAUACAAUCAGUAUCUCCUUUAUGUAGUAAUUACUUCAUGUAAUAACCAUACUGUAGUUACUGAUAUAAUAAGUGAUGAAUAAAUUACGUGAUUUCACAUCGAGAGGGAGAUAAGUAGUAGAAGUUGCUUAUGUAUAUGAAUUGCUGUAAUGUAUGUAGGCGCUAAUGUGAUGUCAACGGGCUACUGAAUAUUUAUUUGUUACCUGACAAUGUAUUGUGUCAAUAUGUAUUGUAAUAGUAAUCAAUGUAAGCUGUAGUGUAGUAGAUAAUCCACAUUCACAUGUAUUCUCUGUUAGUGCACGCAGUGAAAUUAAAUUUUGCUUUUGUAGAGCAAAUCGAUGGCAGCAGUCUCGCUUUCUUAAGAAUGCGUUGUCCAGUAACGCUUCAGAGCAGUGCCAAAAAUUUCAAGAUA